AUGGGGUGCUGUGCGUCUGUACCAGAUACACAUGAUGCGAGGAACGAGGAAAUUGAAAACCAACUGCGUAUGGAGAAGCUCAACAUGGAAAACCAAGUCAAGCUAUUGUUAUUAGGUGCUGGUGAAUCGGGCAAGUCGACAUUUCUAAAGCAAAUGCGACUCAUCCACGAUGGUGGUUUUUCAGAAGACGAAAGAAUAGCGUAUCGUGAAAUAAUCUUUAGCAACACGGUCCAAUCUAUGCAAGUGAUCAUAGAAGCCAUGAAUGGGCUGGGAAUUGCUCAUCACAACCCCGCCUGUGAAGCCGCCAUUCAGCUUGUGUUGCGACAACCAUCCGAGAUGUCCGAUAGGAUGCCAGCCGAUCUUGUUGAUGCUAUCAACAUUCUCGUCGCUGAUGAGGGUGUACAAGAAGCCAUUCGACGUAGUAACGAGUUCCAGCUCAAUGAUUCUGCAUCAUAUUACUUUGACUCCAUGGAUAGGAUCGGCGACCCACAUUAUGUACCCACCGACCAAGAUGUGUUACGCUCACGCGUCAAGACCACCGGCAUCACUGAGACUACAUUCAACAUUGGCGAGCUCACGUAUCGUAUGUUUGACGUGGGUGGUCAAAGAUCCGAACGUAAAAAAUGGAUCCAUUGCUUUGAAAACGUCACUGCUGUAAUUUUCAUGGUUGCUAUUUCCGAAUACGAUCAGCUGCUUAUGGAAGACGAAUCAGUGAAUCGCAUGGAUGAAGCCCUUACAUUGUUUGACUCCAUAUGCAAUUCGCGCUGGUUUGAAAAAACAUCCAUCCUCCUUUUCCUCAACAAGACCGAUCUCUUUCGACAAAAGCUAAAAACGAAUCCUCUCAAUGAAUACUUUAAAGAUUACCAAGGUAACAGCUACGACGAUGCAUGUCAAUACAUCAUGGAGCGAUUUACUAAGCUCAACACCGCGAGUCCAACAUCCGGGAAACAAGUAUAUCCUCAUUUCACAUGUGCAACCGAUACCAAGCAAAUCAAAUUUGUCAUGACGGCUGUAAACGAUAUCAUCAUCCAGGCUAAUUUGCGUCGAGAUGGCCUGCUUUGA